AUAUGGUAUACAUAGGAGAGUCGAUUCUGGAAUAACUUCAGUAUUUACGCGCUGUUUCGAUCGUAAUGUUUCGCGUUUCAAGUGUUAUUGCUUUGCUCGCCAGUCUGCUAGUAAUUUUUCCGAGAUCGGGUUGGGGAUCAAGCGAGGUCCUUGAGCCCAAUUGCGGAAAAAGGCGAAAUGGGCAUUUCCCACAAACAUUAGGUCCUUGGACAGCACUGUUGCAUGAGAACACACGCUUAGUCUGUAUUGGAACCCUCAUUCAUAGAAGAUUUAUCUUGACAGCGGCGCACUGUAUUAGGGAGGGUGAGAACCUACAAGUUCGUCUUGGGGAAUAUGACCGUUUAAAUAAUGAUGAGCGACCGGAGGAUUAUUUUGUGGAUAAGGCCUUCAGACAUCGUCGAUACAACAAGGAGACACUGGAGAAUGACAUUGGCCUGUUGCGGCUCGCUAGGCCGGUGCAGUAUAAAGAUCACAUUAAACCCAUCUGCAUAGUUGUGGACCCAUCUCCAGAUCACUUGUCGUGGAUCGACAGCAGCAUCCACGAGUUCACCGGAACCGCCUAUGACAGGCCGGAUCGAGAAAAUUUCAAGGGCGGAAAUUGGUACGCCAUAAACAUUACGCGCUUGCGCCAAAACGAAUGCCAAGAUGGCCAUACGGUUAAGGAUAACCUUCAGUUUUGUGGAUGGAACCAAAAGUCAAAUAGCUCCUGUGAUGGUCCCUCCGGUUCACCCUUGAGCCAUGUCAUGAUGGACUCUAUCUUUCAGUUCGGCAUUGCCAGUCACAACGAGCUGGACUGCCUGAGCAAGCGCGUCUACACGAAUGUGACGCACUUUUCCGAGUGGAUCCUAAAAUCGGUGUACUUCUAUGGCGGUUCGGUGGAUCAAAGACUACGCCAGCCUGUUGUCUUUCCAACUGGUUCCACAAUGAGGAACGAAAAACAACAACAACUCCAACGAGAAGAUAUAUGAAAAACAAAAAUAAAAUGCGAACACAAACUUUCAAAACU